AUUACACAAAUAAUACAAGAGUGGGUCUUCAAACGUCUUGGUGAAAGGGAUUUUGCAACCAACAGGAAUGAUGAUGAUGCAUAUUAUUUAUCAUCAUCCAAUCUUUGAUUUUUGCAACAAAAGCCAAAAAUAUGGAUAAGAAAUGUAAGCCACGGAAAUUGGAAUAUCAAUCUUAACACAAAAAAGGUGAUAUACGACUCGAUGUUCCGUAGAACAAUAAUAAUGUGCAUAUUCAUGCACUUAGUUUUUUUUUUUUUUGAAUAAUCAUACACUUAGUUGGUGCAACCUUUUUAAUCUAUCAAUUCAUACUCAUUGUUGAUGGCUUUAAAAAAAAAAAAGUAGAGAAGGAGAAUAUAUAUGGAUUGUGAGAAAGGACAUUGAGAUCUUCAGAAGAACAUAGUGAUCUAUGAUUCUUGUUACAUAUAUGUAAGAAUGUGAGUGGAGAACUAAAAAGCAAGCCAUUGGCUUUGUUUAUUACUUAAAAUCUCCCUAAAAGUAAUGGUAUUGUUCCUAAUCUUAGUGUAGUUUUACAUCCUUUAUCAUUUGGAAUAUCUAUUAAAGGAUGGCGGAGAUUAUGAUGUUUGGUGCAAGAUAAUCUAGUAACAAAAUUUGGUAUCACGAUGUAUGUGUAAUUUUAAACAUGUCAAGGACAUGCAAGAAGUUCUUCGAACUUUUGCCACCACUUCUUAGUGUGGAUGUGGCAAUCAUACACAAUAUCAAUGAAGUGUAUGCCGAGAAAUCUACUGACUUUUGUGUUUGGAGUGUGCCAUUUCAUCUACUUCUCUUGUUCAAGAUCAUAAGCCAAACUUAUCCUGACGUUUAGCAUGAUGAUUAUCAUUAAAAUGUUGGUUUUCACUGAGUCAUCUGAUGAACUACAACAUAUUACGAAGUUAGGAUAAUUAUAGUAAACUUAGUGCAACAUUACGCGGUAAAAGUUUUCAUUUUUAUCCUAGCUUAGAAAAAAAAAACAUUAUGAGAACCGUCGCACAACCAAAUGUAGUACACAUGAGUGUUCAAAACUAAGAACAAACAUCACAAGUUCAUUAGCAGCCUGCCCUCCCCAAAAAAAUUCAAGACUCCAUUAAAACGAAAGAAACAAAUUAUUGAAAAGAAAGAAGAGAAGAACAAUGGUAGAGGAAGAAGAACAAAAAGGUCAGGUCAUGUCAUGUCAGAUUAGGAGAGCCAUUAAAAACAUUGAUGGUCACAAUCCAAAGUUCCUUCCCAAACAAUUAAUAAAUGAAAAAGAAACUCUCUGUACUCUGUUCCUAACUAAAAAAAAAUCCCAAUUUUCCAUAUUCAACCCCAAGAAAUCAAGCUGUUUCCUUAUACGAGACGGCAGAGAAAGAAAGAGAAGCGAAGGCCUCGAAGCUUCAAUCUAAACAAUUGACAAUCUCAUUCCAUUUGGAAGCCCCGGAAUCUCUCUUACCUUCUGCAAUCAAAUCUCCCUCGUUCAAUCUCAGUAUCCUAGAAAAGGACCCAACUCUGUUUGUUUUUUAUUUUAAUCGGCCACUAAAACGUUGUGUGCACAGCCAGAGCAAUCAGCCAAGAGUCAGGAUUCAGCAGAAAGCGACCGCCUUUCGGCUCCAUUCCAGCACAUACAGGCGUGAUCUCAACUGGGUCCAGCUUGCUUCCGUCGAAUUCUUUCGUUUUUUUCAGAGAGAUUGAAAUGGGGAGGUUUUGGUUUUGGUCAUGGAGGAGAAGGUAGAUAGAAACAGAGAGAGGUAGUGGAGAUAAUGGAAGACGAAGUGCCUGGAUCAAUGGGAACAAGCGCUAGCUUGGCGCUGAGGUUGGGGCAGGCCUUCUUCUCGACUGCUUCGCUUCUGUUCAUGUGCCUGCACAUCGAUUUCUACAACUACACUGCUUUCAGCUACUUGGUGACAGUAAUGGGGCUGAUGAUCCCAUGGAGCCUGACACUGGUAAUGGUGGAUGCAUACUCAGUUUUCAUCAAGUAUCUGCCUCACCAGCCAAGGAUCUUGUUGGUCAUCAUUGCCGGAGAUUGGGUUUUGUCAUUCCUGUCGCUGGCGGCUGCCUGCGCGACGGCAAGCGUCACGGACCUGUUGGUGGAGGCAGGUGGAUCCUUCUGCCCGGCGAAGCUGUGCAGCAGGUUUCAGCUAUCGGCGACCAUGGCGUUCUUGUCUUGGUUCCUCUCUUUCGCUUCUUCUCUCUUCAACCUCUGGCUCCUUCCUUCUUUGUAACACCAGCCCACUCACCCGCGUCGUCCUCUUCCAAUCUCUCACCAAUUGGCGAUUAUACAUACAUACAUCUGGCUCUGGGUAUACUUUGCUGACACAUAUGAUCUAAUAUUGGAGGAUUAGAGUACUAAGGACAUUGAUUUCCCCAAGUACUUCCAAAGCUUUGUACAGCUAGACGGUUCGGUUCGAAUUUUCAUCCCACGUAUUCGAUUUAUUUUAGAUUCCGACCUUGGUUUCGGAGCUGCUUUCGUAGUCUUUAUAGAAUAGAAUUUAAUCUUUAGAACGCUUAGUUUGACGAGAUCUAUUUGAAAGAAGAAAAAAAUUGUUCACAAAAACAUGUCAGUCUCGAGCUUAUGUUUCAAAUUCUUUCGAGUGCAUUCUUAGAAGUACCACUAAUCUCAACCCAAAACUAUGCAUACCUUGAUUCGGUAGGAUGUAAGAAGUACAUGCAAACAAAUACUACCCACCUCAUUGUUUAUUUUCAUGAUACACGAUUUCAGCGGCACAUAUGUCUAAAACUAUUCCGAUUCUCGUGAAUAUCGGAUCAUCUAUUGAAUCGAAUGUACAACCCCAUAUUAUUAGCCACCAAAAUUAUUCAUUUUCGUAAUGCAAGAAGAACCAACUCAAAAACACAUCCUAUCAACUUUCAUUUCUUUGCUCACAAACCAGACUUUUUGUGCUUUUCUUUCUUUCUUUUUGUUUUGAUCUGCUUCUUCAUGCUCAGCCGCUGCUGCUGCCGACACCGGACUUCGCCGCAUGUGGCGCCCCUUAGUCCACUGGCUGUGCAUAGGCAGAUUGACUAGUUGAGUGGUUUUGCUUUUUGUUCUUCUUUUUUUCCUUAUCGUAACUUUCAAUCUGGUGAGCAUUUUUCUUUGCUCUUCUAUCUUCGUCUGUGGUCACUCGUCAUUGUAAAAUGACUUAAGUUGAGAACCACGAAAGGGGAAAAUGAGAGCACCAUAUGUGGUCGUCAAUCCAAUAUGGACAGUCAAACGUUUUCACCUCAAUGUUUGGUAGAUCAAAGUAUACGUGCAAAUUGAUGUAUGAUCAGCUGAAUUCAGCUAUGCUACUCAACGAGCUGACCCGUUCACGAGCAACUUAACGUUCAACUAUGAUCUCUGGAAAAGCUCGUUGAGGGGCACUCGACUUGUUUUUCCUGCGGAGUCUAUUUUGAAUUAAGCAUUGUUCAUCUUGCAAGGCUCGCUGGUCAUCUCGACUUGGUAGCUUGUUGAGAUAUGGAGAUGGCUUAGCGAGCCACGCCGUCGGCCAGCGACUUAUAAGCGAAUUGAUUUAUAGCUUAUGAGUUGGCUUGUUGAUAAUUCUUAGGGUUUGUUGGAUUACGUACCUCACCACGUGUGAUGUAUUAAAAAUUGAGUACGUGACAAAUAUGUCUCGUUUGUCAUAUGAAAGGAGAAUUAUGUAUCAUAGAUCGUUUAGAUAUGAAUUACUAUUAAAUAACAAUUACAAGUUAUUAACUAAAUAUAUAUGAUACAUGGGCUCGAAUCAGUCUAGCGAACUUAUUGAUGAACCAACCUCAAGUAUAACUAUUGACCAUACUAAUUAGCCGAACGAGACAUAAACAAGUCAAUAUUUCAGUAAACGAAUCAAAAUCUAACUCGACUCGUCUCAUUUACAAAUACAACCUACUACUCACAAGUCUAAACGUACACAAAACACAAUCAUCGAAAAGAACUUGAUCAGGUGCGCUAAUUCAUUGGCGCACUAGUCCAGCCCACUCUUCUUUUUAACAUAUGAGGCCACCUACACCAAGGUAAUCUUAGCAAGCAGGCUUAAGGCUCAGAUACUUUGCGUUACUGAUGAAGGCCCAUAUUCAAGGUGCGCAGUCCAGUUAAUAGAACUGUGGAAAAAAAAUAAGGCUUAUAAUGGGCU